AUGUCUACAGGAAAAAAAGCAGAAGACUUCGACCGUCGUAAGCGGAACAUCUCGAUGAAGCCUGCUACGGUGUCUUUUAUGAAUGACAAUUCUGAAAACUAUAUCCAAACAAAUGUGAUGCCUCAGAAUCUAAUCACAAACUCGCAAAAUCAAUUGGAGGGCUAUCCAAAAUUACAGAACCUCAUCAACUUGAAGGAAAAACAUAUUGCAGAAUAUACUACAACCCCGUACGGUUGCAGAGUUGAUAUUGAUCAAAUGGUCCCCAUUUUGCAUCGCUGGAUAUUGAAAGAAAAAUUGACGUUUGAUGUCAUUAUGAUAGGGGCGCUAACUGACAAUCAGUUUAUUUAUCCUCUCCUUACACAGCUGCCAAUCGACAGACUUAUUUCAAAACCUGGGUUCCUCUUUAUAUGGGGAAGUGCCAAAAAGAUCAAUGAGCUCACAAAACUCAUGAAUAAUGAAAACUGGGCAAAGAGAUUCAGAAAGAGCGAAGAAUUAGUCUUUAUACCAGUUGACAGAAAUUCGCCUUUUCAUCCAGGGAUCAGUGACAACGAGGAGUCAUUGUUUGAAAAAAUGCAGUGGCAUUGCUGGAUGUGCAUCACUGGUACAGUGAGACGUGCAACCGACGGCCAUCUCAUUCAUUGUAACAUUGACACAGACCUUAGCGUUGAGUCCGGUCUCACAAGAAACAGUGCCAUACCGUCUCAUCUUUACAAAGUGGCCGAGAAUUUCUCAAGUGCGACAAGAAGGCUACACAUAAUACCAGCCAGAACUGGAUCAGAAACUCCAGUUCGUGCAAGGCCGGGUUGGGUGAUCAUGAGUCCUGAUAUUCUUCUAAAUAAUUUUGAUUGCAAGAGAUACCGACAGGAAAUUUGCAAGUUGGGGACUCAUCAACCUGUAAAACCGGAAAUUGAAGCUCUAAGGCCAAGAAGUCCACCAUCAAAGAAGUGA